AUGCAGGGCGCCUGUCUCUACUUCCUCAUAGGCCUCGCGCCCAGUGGUUGGUCCAAGAUCAGUCAGAGGGCCGUGCUUGCCGUUGCGAUUCUGACGACUGCAGGGACGUGGGCCAUCGGCUUCUACUGGACCCGGGCAAGUGAAGGGAGGCAGCAGUGGAUUCACGUCGUGGGCCUCAUGGAGUGCACGUCCUUCUUGGCACUUCUGGUCGGGGUUAGCCGCAGCAGGGGGUUCCGUGAGCUGCUUCUGGAGAGACUACCCGAGGCGCAGCAGAUCCUUCUCGACUCGGGCACGCACUACUCCGCGGCGUGGGACAUCUGGCCCAUCUUCGGAUCGUGCGCCACGUGGCUGCUCUGCCUCGUUGCAGAAACCCAGCUGCGACAGGCGGACGAAGGCACUAUAGUUCUGCCUCCAAUGCAGCCGUUCUUACUGUCCGCCGCGUGGGCAUAUGCACUGCUCCGGUUCAACAGCUUCCUCGUGCUCUUGGUGGAGCGCUUCGCACAGACAACCUCCCGCCAUCUGGAGGAUGUGGAUCUCGCCUACGAGCAGUGGGCGUGCAUCGUGGCCUUCGCCUGCCAGGCUUCGCGCUGGUCCGGUUUGGUGUACGUCCACCACCUCACAUUCUCGUUCCUACACAUGUGCCCAGUUUUGGUAGCACUACUCGAUAACCAGGAAAGUAGCAGGGGAUGGCUGUUGCCACAGUUCUUUGCCAGCCUCGCAUACUGCGGCCUCGCAGUGUGUGUGCUGCAACGAGCAGCGGCGGUGAGUCGGCAGCGCCACCAUGCGGUGGCGUGCACAAACAGCUAUCAGUGGGCUUUGGCACCCACCCAGCGCUGGGAUCACCACGUCCUUGUGAGCUUCAUGGAGCGGAGUGACUUGGGCAUUGCUGUCUGUGGUGUUCACCUCACGACAUCUCUGUUGCUGAAGUCCACUUCCAUUUUUGUGACAGCUGCAUCUUUCGUUGUGGCCCGGCUCAUGAGUCUGCCAGAUGUUCAGAAGGCAGAGCUUUCCGAGCAAUGGGAUCGCUUCAUGGAUGUGUUCGGGAUGUAG